AAACAAACCAGCCAUUUAUAGAAAAUAGGUGUGGACGCUCCUUUUGACAGGUGUCAGCUGUCAAUAUAGCAAGGCUUUGUGGCCUUACCAAAAGCGCCCUUGCGGCGUCUGAUACAGUGUUGAUAUCAAACACUAUAUGUAUUUAAUAGUUUAUAUUCGCUGUAGUUUUGCUUUCAUUUGCUGCCAUUUAAAUCUAGCCAAAGCUAAAUCGAACAAUUGUUAGCACACAAGGUUAGUAAGUCCGCCAAUGUUCUAUUUAGCCCGUGUUAGACAUUGUUGAGUGGAAUAAACGCCAAACGGGCCACGACGUUGAUAUUUAACUGAUAUAACAGAAUUAGUGAGGAAAAACUGCAUAUUUAAACGUUGUUGACGUUAGCUGUGCUAGCUACUGUAGCAUCUACGAGCUAGCUUACCUAGGGUCCCUUAUGAAGAAAACUCACGUUUCCUUAAAUACAAACUACUCGACAAAUCACCCACGGAGUGUGGUAAAUCCAUGAGAGGCUCAGUGGGCAGGCGACUUGAGUUAAAAAGGUGAACUUUGAGCUGCCUUGCCAGCAGCUGAUCGGCCCAGCGCGUACAAUGGCUUUGCUAUGACACAUCAACAAAUAUGGCCACUACCCGAAGGGGCAAGGAGAGAGGGCAUCAGCCAAUGAGCGGAGAGGGUUGCUGUGACGUCACUGUAAAAAUAUAUAAACAACCUCCUCCCUCUUGUGGAAUGUAAUUCACCAUUAAACAAACUUUAAUCGAAUCAAAUGAAAUACGCGUUAUGUACACAACAUAUACACUAUAAAUCUAAAUGUAAUAUGAUUAAUUUAUUAACUUUAUUGAGUUUGUUCUGUGAAAUAUAUCCUUUUCAUUGUGAAACAAAAUACUGAAUCAUUCCAACUGGCAAUUGUUUGGACCAAUCAGCACUUGAGAUCAUUGCGCAUGCGUCCUGAUUCUCUUUCUCCAACUUGCCCUGGUCAGGUAACAGCCGCACUCCGUCUCAUUAAGACUGGUGUCCACCAAUGAACCACCCCUUUUCCCCGAGCCUGGUGCGGCCUAACCAGCCAUUACGAAAGCCGUCAUCCCGCCCCUCCGUCGGCUCCCCGUUUCCUGGCCUUGCCAUGCCCGGUGGGAGCCCACUGAUGUCGGUUUCGUUGUCACCUGGAGGAGCCAGCCCAAUAGUCCCACCAGCCAGUGUGGCUACAUCAGCUGCAUCACCUGUGCACCUCUGCCACUUUUGCGCUCAGCAAGGGAAUUUACGGUGCAAGCGAUGCAAGAAGGCGACAUACUGCUCUGUGCUGUGCCAGAAAGAAGACUGGAAGGCACACAGGCACAUUUGCAUUGAAGCGCAGCCUGAAAAGGAGAUCCAAAAUCUGCCUCCUUCUUUGCCUGUGACACCAACCAGAGGCAACCUACCUGAUUUAAAGCAGGCGGAUGCAUUUGAACCCAACAGGGUUUAUUUGAAGGACCUGCGCAGACUUAAAAUUAAACCGGGAUCAGAUAUUCAGGCGUCGGUUGUAGAGUUCUACAACCCCGGGAGGUUUUUUCUCCUUGCUCAAAGCCUCGAGCUGCUCGACACUCUGCGGAGCAUCAGCAGCAAGCUCCAGAAAACUUCCAGCUCCCCGUCUGGGACCACUUACGUCCCCGUUGUCGGGGAGGUCUGCGCGGCGCAGUUCUCUGGCGAUCUGAUUUGGUACCGAGGCCUUGUCCAGAAGGUGGUCGCUGAAAAAAAGGCACACGUGCUCUACAUCGACUACGGGAAUGAAGAAGACGUCCCCUACGACAGACUCAGACCGCUGCCUGCUGAUAUGGAGCCUUUUCAUCCUUGCGCAAUGGAGUGCCAUGUUGCUGCUGUGGAACCGACGAAUGGUUGCUGGUCCAGUGAGUCCUGCACGGCUGUGAAACAACUCCUGGCCGGCAGGACUGUGACAACCAAGCUGGUGGAAACAUUGGAGAAUGUUCAUGUUCACGCUCAUGCUGUGGACAUCCAGAUUUCCGUGGGAAAUUAUUUGAGCUCAUUCCUAAUUGAGCGGGGUUUUGCGGUGAAAGCAACGAUUGACGUUGCGCCUACUCAGCAAAAUAUUAACGCCAUGCUGAGCGCUUCCUUGGAAAACUUCAAGCGCCGUUCUCAAGGGAAAGACGACAACACCUGGGCUCGGGUCCCAGAGCCUUUGACGCAGGCGGUGGGUGACUCCUUCUCUGUGGUGAUCACCCACCUGCAGUCCCCAGAUAACAUGAUCGUGCAGAAGGUGGAGAACGCUGGAGUGAUUCAGGAGUUGCAACUGAAGUUGAGGCUCCACUGCAGUCAGGUGUCCACCCCUGACAACUUCAGACCGGCGCCCGGCACAGUUUGCUGCGCCCAGUUCUCAGAGGACAAGCAGUGGUACCGGGCCAAAGUGCUGGGCUAUUCGUCAGAGGAACGCGUUUGUGUCGGAUACAUUGAUUUCGGAAACUCGGAGGACGUGGAUUUAGGGGAUUUGAGACCCAUCAGCUCUUCCUUGCUGGCUUUGCCAAUGCAGGCCAUUCCAUGUGCCCUCGCUGGAGUGCAGCCCAUCGGGGAGAGUUGGCCCGAGGUGUGCCUGUUAGCCCUGCAGCGGAGCGUGUCCAACAGGAUCCUGCGUGCGGAGAUCCAAGGGGCACACGAGGGGAAAGCUUUGGUCACCAUGGUGGACGAGGCAAGCGACCCUCAGUCAAACAUCACAGAGCUCCUGAUCUCCGCUGGGUAUGGCAUUCCCGCCAUCGUUAAGGGUGAUGAUGUCCAGCAAGCUGAGCAACCCACGGCUCCUGCUCCUGCUCCUGAAGUGUGCAAACCUCUGGUAUGGUCUUCCGUUGAGCUUCCUACCGAGGGCCAGUCAGUGGUGCUGACCGCCACUGUUGUUGUGAACCCCGGAGAGUUUUUUUGCCACAUGGACAACCCCGACGACCAUCAGCAACUCAUCACCCUCAGCGCUGAUUUGAAACAACACUGCGAGGAAGACGUGGCGGCCUUUGAACCCAAAGUGGGGGAGCCCUGCUGUGCCAUGUUUCCAGGUGACGGAGCCUGGUACCGUGCAAAGGUCAAUGGUCAGUCUGACGACACGGUGGCCGUCAACUUUGUGGACUACGGUUACAGCAUGGAAUUGGAUAAAAGGCACCUUCGCUCAGUGACACCUCGACUCCUGCAGCUGCCCUUCCUCGCUGUCCGCUGCUUCCUGUCAGGUGUGGAGGCUAUGGGUUCCGAGUGGAGCAGUGAAGCCAUUCGGUGGUUCCGCACCCAAGUGGACGGCGAGAAGCUGAACGCGCGCGUUCUCACCGUCACCGAACACGGUUACGGCGUGGAGCUGGAGGUCAGAGGGCACAGCAUCACAGCUGGCCUCAUCUCAAAUCUCCUCGGUCGAGUUCCUGGCGAAAUUCCUCAAGGGGUGCACUCCAGCUUGUCGCCCGGGGCUGCACAGCCAGAAGACAUAAAAGAGAAGCCGCACAGCCAAACCCGGGCCUCCAAACAGAUGCCCGCAGUGGGAAGUGUCGCAACGGCGUUAUCAGGCCCAACUUUUCCACUCGACUGGAAGACAACGGAGCUGCCCAUCAAUGAGCCCUUCAAGCCCUGCGUCGCAGCUGUUACUAGCCCCUCCCUUUUUUACCUGCUCGGUCCCAACCAGGUGGACCAGCAAAAGCAUAGCGAGAUGAUGCAGGAGCUGGCUGCGUUCUGCUGCACCAACCGGUCCACUUUGUCCUCCUCCAGUGAUCACACCAGACCUACCCCCGGAGCGGCGUGUUGCGCCCAGUUCUCCGCUGACGACAACUGGUACCGUGCUGUGGUUCUGGAGGUGGCCGACGACGAGGUCUCGGUCAUCUAUGCCGAUUUCGGCAACACCGAAAAACUACCAGUAUCUCGAAUUUUGCCCAUCCCGGAACACAUGCUGCGGCUCCCCUUCCGGAUAGCCCGCUGUGCCCUGACCGGUAAGGAGCACUUCCCCGCCGUGUGGCCGCCGAAAGUGUUGCAGAUGUUUCACAGCUUGUUGCUGAACAGCGUCCUCGCCGCCGCGCAUUCAUUCGACGGCUCCGUCAACGUCCUUUCAAUCACCUUGCCUGCUGAGCGUGGCGGUGCCCACCUCACUGCCAUGGUCUUGGAUGCACUGCGGGCCCACGUCAAAAGUCCUUCUAGCCCAUCUUCUCCCAUAAACCAGAAGGAUAGCACCAGUUCUACAACUCCGCUUCAGUACACUCACCCAAUAUCUACCGUGGACAGGAGCGUGGAAAAUAAAGCGGUGGCCGCUGAGUCCACAGUCGGCUUGCAGCAGACUCCCCAAAGCCCAAAACCAAUGCAGAGCACCGCAUCAGAGCGCCAUAAGGAAGCCCAACACUCUGGAUGCUGCUGUCCGAGCCUGAAGACCAAGAUGGAGCAUCUGGAGAAGAUGAUGGAGCUUCAGCUGUCCUUACUCAAGCUCUGUGUUGAACGGUUGCAGUCCUAACUUAAACGUUCCACUCAAUUUCAAUGUUUUUAUUCAGGUUAAAGAACAAGUUCUAGUCCGUUCUGGUUGUUUUUGUUUAUAAGUUUUAAUAUUUUUGCCGUUUGUCUUAAGUCUACAUUGCUGCCAUGGCCGCCUUUUAAGUUCUUCUCCGGUUACACAGGUGGAGUAUUUGUGUUUGUCUUUUACAUAAACGUUCAAUAGCAAGAAGUUAGU